CCAUUCUGCCAGAAAUUUCAGUGGCUCCCCAGAGAAAGGUACCUUCCUGCAUUAAAAAACCUCCUGCGAUAUUAGAGAGGAGUCCGUGUCGAGUCAGAUGGUAGUGGGAAAUGAGGCAGAGGGAGGACAUACUUCUGAUGCCCGAUCGCCACUCAGUUCCCCUGAGUCGCUUGUCCCGACGUCUUCCUACUUUUCAAGUAUAACACCCGGGCGUUCAACUCUAAUAUGUACCUUGGGACACGGUAACGCGUCGCAGCAAAAGACCGGUGGAGUUUUGUCAGUUUAAUCUAUAUAAUCUCCUGAUACUAGGGUAUCGAGCUCAACGUUAUGACAAUGCGUCUCCUCUCACUGAUAUUGGUACUGUCGGCGAUUCUGCUGGCCUCGACAGCGAACGACGCAGCGAACAGCCGAGACAAACGCCAGCAAUUAUCGUAUCAUCCGCGACGAGUGGGUAAACCACCGCCUUAUGCAGUGCAAAUGAAUCCACCGGUGCGAUACUCUCAGCGGGAUCCCUUGUACAAUCCCCUGGCGAGUGCCAAGAGUGAUGACUUCAUCUACGACGAGCCUCACCACCACAACCCCUACAGCUCAGAGCCCGAGCCAAUAAUUGAAAUAAUCAUCAAGGAGUCCAAUGAGUCACUUCCUACCCCCGUGCCUCCAUCUCAUACCCCCGUGAGACCGACAAAGGAACCGAUCCAGGUAUUUUACGUGAAAUACGAGAAGAAGGACCAGGCUGAUGGAAAAUCCAAGGUCAUUUACGAUACACCAGUGCCAGCAUUGAAUCCCCACGAGGAACACGAGGUGAUAAAACCAGAGGGCCAGGGUUACGACAAUGAGCCGGUGUCUCAUGUAACCCCAGUACCGGUCAACGAACCGACAACGACUCUUCGUGCUAUCAUUCGACCGGAGAGUGAGUCUUAUCACGCAGGUGGCAGUGGAAUUCGGGUGACAUUUGGUACGGAACAGUUGCCACCGAAUAGCCACAGCAAGCGGAGUGAUUUGGAGAGCCAGACAAAAGCUGCACCACCCUCGCCGCUACCAACGUCUUCGAGAAAGCAACACGGUCCCUAUCCCCCGCCACCGCCAAGUCCUCACCGGGUACCACCAGCAUUUCCCCAACAGAGAAUUGUUAAUUCUUUUUCAUCGCAACAGUUGCCCCAGAAUUAUCCGCUUCACCAACAGUUUCAGGGGCCACCGCAGAGGUAUCAAAGACCUGCCAUAACUAUUCAGGGUCUGCCUGAGCUGCAGCAACGGCUGCCAUUCCAGACAUUCAAUCAGCCGCAUCGAGUUGCCAUCAGCCAUCCGCAGCAGCCGGGUUUUCCACCCGCGGUAUCUGUGUCACAUCAGAGUGUCAACUUGCAAAAUCAAUCGCCUCUCCAUUUUUUACCCCAAUCCAGUUUCGUUGAUCAGAAUUAUCACCAGCAGCAGGUGCAGCUGUACAGACAACAGGAGGAGGAGAAACAGAGAUAUCACCAGGACCAGAGGAGACAGCAGGAGUCGCAGAGACAUCAAGAGCUGCAGAGACAUCAAGAUUUGCAGAGACAGCAGGAGCAGCAGAGGCAGCAGGAGCAGCAGAGGCAGCAGGAGCUUCAGAAGCAGCAGGAGCUUCAGAAGCAGCAGGAGUUGCAGAAGCAGCAGGAGUUGCAGAGGCAGAAGGAGUACCAGAGGUUCAAGCAGGAGAAUAAAAUUCGUGAGCAACAUCAGUUUAAUCAAUCCCCAAAUUUCCCACAAAAUCAUCAGAUAGUAGCGAACAAUCGAGCGCAAUCGCAACACCAUCGUGAGGUGGAGAAACAGAGUGAAAUUUUGAAAGCAGUGCCGAAAUUGGAGCAGCAUUAUGCCAUUAGAGAGAAUCCACAUCACCCCGGGCCCUUCCCACCCAAUAGUCAACCGGUGUCACUGCAAUUCUCACCGAAUACUCAGAAUAACUUUGUCCAACACACGCAACAGUUAAAUAAUGGAAAUUUCCCAUCGAGCACGGUUUCGCCGUUGAGCCAGACACCGAGUUCGUUGAGACAGGGAAGUCAGCAGUUUUUCUCCCAGAAUCUUGGGCAGGCUCAGUACCAGCAGCCUCUGGCGUCAGUGUGGGGUCGGCCAGUGUUCAAGGACAAGCAGAAGAUUUACGCAACCCCAGUGACCCACACGACACCCCAGCCGAGACCGAUCCAGAGGACAAGCCCUACUAGAGCCCCAACGACCACAACUACCACAACUACCACUACUGAAGCUCCUACCACCCCGAAGAACGAAGCCAGGAUCAAAGAGAAUAUUGCCAAUCUACCUGACGAAGUGCCUGACGAUAUCAGACAACAGCUCCUAAGCUCUGGAAUUCUCGGUAAUGCCGAUAUCCAGGUACUGGAUUACGAUAAAGUCGGUGGUAUAAACAUCGAGAAUCUUCCACCGGAGGCACUCGCCAAUUUCUACGGUGCCGGUGGUGGUGGUGUUGUCUCAGCUAGCGAACCAGUACCAUCAAUCACGAAAUACCAAAAAACAAGUGGAGCAGGGUUAAUACCCAAGAAGGCAAUGAGCAAAGUUGAACAGGCAACACUGAAGCCCGGAGGUGUAGAAAUGAAAGUAGUACGAUUCGACCCAAAUUCAGCGCAAGGCCAAGCACUAGCUGAUCAGCACAUACGCGAUGAUGCGACCCACCUGAAACCGGUAACUGUGGGAUCGAGAAGCGAUGGACAGUACAAUCGCUAUUUACCAUUAAAAGUGAGCGGCACAUCCUUUCCGAUUCCCGAUGUACCGGAAUUGAAGGAUCGCAAGAUAUCCAGCGUCGUUGUACUUGCACCGGUAGAUCACAGUGGUGAUGAGAAAGAAUUUAAUAGACAGGAGAGGAAAUUGGGUGAACCUGUGCCAGUGAAAUUUUUAGCUGGUGACACGUUGAAACAACUCAUUAAAAAACCCAAUGCUGAUAAUUAUAAAAAAUGGUUGGAGCAGGAGAGAAGGACCGAGCCGCAAAAGCAGUCUGUCGUUCUUCUGGUAACGACACCUAGAAAUCAGCAGGACGGGAAUAAAGAGAUUUUCAUGUACGAUGUGACAACGCAAACUGUCAGCAAACUCUCCGGUGAUUUGUCGUCGGCUUUCGUUGAUGCUGCUGAGAGCAAUGCCGACAGUCAUGAUAGCAUUGACGAUGCAUCCUUUACGCAUUGAGACUACAGCUGGAGGAUGAAGGGAGUGAAAACGGUUGAGAGAUUGAACAGGAAGGAAUAAAAUAGAGUCUGUUCACCGGAAUUCAAUUGAACGGCUUAAUGAAUGCUAUUUUGCCCGCCAAGGCUUUGACUCUGCGUUGCACGACGAUCGAGCGGACACUUGUGAAAUGAUCUUUUGUAUUCAUUUUCUUACUUAUUCGAGUGGUGAAUGGAUGAGCGGUUGAUUUAAUUAACCGAACGAGCAGGCUGUCUCCUACGACGCGUGUUAUGUAGAUAUUUCCUCUUAUUAUUAUGUAUAUAUCCUACGCCUUUUUAUACCUUUUGUACUUAUAUAAACUUAA